AUGGCUGAUACUCAAGAAGAGAUCAAAUUAACACUGGAAACUAUACCCAAUUGUGUUCUGGCUCUUAUUAUGAAUCUUUUGCCCCCAAAGGAUUGCCUUAAUUUGAGAGCCGCUUCUAUUCCUUUAAGAAACAACAUUAAGGAACUUAUCGGUAAAGAUAUUUGGCGUCCUUCACCUGAGUUGCCUCUUGUUUUACUUGACCUAUCAAAAUGUUUUGAACCUCCUAAAAAAGAAUCAUCUGAGUGUUUUUUUAGCUUAAGCACAAAUGAAGUUCACCACCUUGAUGCUAAUCUGUUGGAGUCCACUCAAACCAUCACUGGUUCAUUUGAUGGUUGGUUCAUAGUAGCCGACUAUUGUAAAAAGAAAGUGGUGGGUUUUUUCUUCUUUAAUCCAUUGACCAAUGAAAGAAUCAUGAUAACACCUGAGCUAUAUCUUAACAAAAACUCGCAGAAGAAAAAGAAACCCAAAGCUCCUCCUCUUCCUCGGGAAUUAUAUGCCAAGAAGAUGGUUUCUUCCAUUCAUCCCUCUUCUUAUGUUUCUGAUGAUUCAACAGACUGUUAUUUAGCUGGAAUCUUUGGUUCGGUACUGCAUGUUUAG